AUGCAUUUCUACAAUUUCAUUCUUACCGUCGCUGCCAUAGCUCCCGGCAUAGCCUCAUCUCCUCUAUCUCGAUGUCCUUCAUUUCCCUCCUCCAUGGACGAGUUCUCUUCCGAGUUCGUGCAACCAAAGCCACCCAAGAUUAAAGCCCAGUACAAAGCCCACUUUGUACAGCACAAGUGGAAUGCGGAGUUAUCCCAUAUCACGGCUGGCUACAUCGAAAACUCUCCUUCUAAAGGCUUUGUUCGUGUAGAUGAAGCCUAUGAUGGCGAACUAGCUACCUCGUUUUUCAACUACGCCAACGUCACCAAGUCUGGCCUGGUGGAUAACACCUUGACUACCUAUGACCACAAGCAUACCAAACCAAACGUUUGGAGAGGAUAUGUGAACUCGAACUUUCCAAUCUUUGACCAGAACAUCUUGGUCAAGGCUGAGGCUGUGUAUCAGGGCCUUGUCAAGAGAGAUUUCAUCUCAUCGCCUGUUGGUGCAUGGAGCAUUAUGUACCAAGGUGUAAUACCUGUGACGGUGUAUGUUAAUGGGUGCAGUGUUGUUGUUGGGUAUGAUUACUUUGCCCCUCAGCUUCGAACCCGAGUUAUUAUGGAGUUCUUUAAUAUUAAAGCUGAGUAG